AUGGUAAAAGGCAUUGUUCAAGCGUGGCAACUGCUUGCUCUGGGACGCUACCUGCACAGACACAAACAAGCAUCAUCUGAUCUCAUGGUCAGCAGCACAGCAGACGGAAAAUGCAUGAAGCCACGCCCCAACUUCUCGCCUCUCGAGAAGCCACGCCCCCAACCUCUCGCCUCUCGAGAAGCCACGCCCCCAACCUCUCGCCUCUCGAGAAGCCACGCCCCCAACCUCUCGCCUCUCGAGAAGCCACGCCCCCAACCUCUCGCCUCUCGAGAAGCCACGGCCCCAACCUCUCGCCUCUCGAGAAGCCACGCCCCCAGCCUUUUGCCUCUUGAGAAGCCACGCCCCCAACCUCUCGUAUCUCGAGAAGCCACGCCCCCAACCUCUCGCCUCUCGAGAAGCCACGCCCCCAACCUUUUGCCUCUCGAGAAGCCACGCCCCCAACCUCUCGCCUCUCGAGAAGCCACGCCCCCAGCCUUUUGCCUCUUGAGAAGCCACGCCCCCAACCUCUCGCAUCUCGAGAAGCCACGCCCCCAACCUCUCGCCUCUCGAGAAGCCACGCCCCCAGCCUUUUGCCUCUUGAGAAGCCACGCCCCCAACCUCUCCCACGCCCCCAGCCUUUUGCCUCUUGAGAAGCCACGCCCCCAACCUCUCGCAUCUCGAGAAGCCACGCCCCCAACCUCUCGCCUCUCGAGAAGCCACGCCCCCAGCCUUUUGCCUCUUGAGAAGCCACGCCCCCAACCUCUCGUAUCUCGAGAAGCCACGCUCCCAACCUCUCGCCUCUCGAGAAGCCACGCCCCCAGCCUUUUGCCUCUUGAGAAGCCACGCCCCCAACCUCUCGCCUCUCGAGAAGCCACGCCCCCACCCUCUCGCCUCUCGAGAAGCCACGCCCCCAACCUCUCGCCUUUCGAGAAGCCACGCCCCCAACCUCUCGCCUCUCGAGAAGCCACGCCCCCAACCUCUCGCCUUUCAAGAAGCCACGCCCCCAACCUCUCGCCUCUCGAGAAGCCACGCCCCCUUCAGCGCCCCCUUCUCUCUCCCCUCCUGACGGCGUGUGGCGACCCUCCGCGCCCCCAGCCGAACCUCCCACGGCCGCCUUCGCUGCUCCCGAGUGUCCCUGCCGCUGACGUCCACUUCCAAUCUCGGCGGGAUUUGUAG